AAUUCUUCAUCCCAUCUAAUAUCUCAUUUCUUCAUCUUUUCUUUUUUCUUCACCAAAUUUUGUUUGGAGAUACAAACUUAUUGGUUUCUUAUUUUCCAAUCAAGAAUUUCUGUCCACCAAAUAUCAGAAAUAGCGUUGAAUAUGACGGUGGAAGGUGGGUGUCCAACGGAGAUGAAAGCGACGUCUAAUGGCUUGUUUCAAGGCGAUAACCCACUCGAUUUCGCCCUGCCUUUGGCCAUUCUUCAGAUUUGUUUAGUGGUUGUUCUUACUCGUCUUCUUGGUUUGCUUCUCCGACCGAUUAGAGAGCCUCGAGUCAUCGCCGAGAUCGUUGGUGGAAUAUUACUUGGACCAUCAGCGUUAGGUCGUAGCCAGGGAUUUCUACAGAGUGUGUUCCCAGAAAAAAGCCUAACCGUGUUGGAUACAUUAGCUAAUAUGGGUCUUUUGUUCUUCCUUUUUCUCGUUGGACUUGAGUUAGAUCCCAAAUCUCUCCGCCGUACCGGAAAGGGCGCAAUGGGCAUAGCCAUCGCCGGAAUCACUCUCCCUUUCCUCCUCGGCAUCGGUACCUCCUAUGUCCUCCGUUCCACCAUCUCCAAAGGCGUCCAUGGCCCUCCUUUUCUCAUCUUCAUCGGUGUCUCUCUCUCCAUUACUGCUUUUCCCGUCCUCGCUCGUAUCCUAGCUGAACUCAACCUCUUAACCACCAACCUUGGCCGCAUCGCUAUGUCCGCUGCUGCCGUCAACGACGUCGCCGCCUGGAUCCUCCUCGCCCUCGCCAUUGCACUCUCCGGCACUGGCCGUUCUCCUCUUGUCUCCAUCUGGGUUUUCCUCUGUGGCUCUGUUUUUGUCCUGUUUUGCUUCUUCACUCUCCCGCCGGCCUUCCGAUGGAUCUCCCGCCGUUGCUCCAAAGGCGAACCAGUAAGCGAACUCUACAUUUGCGCUACUUUAUCCACCGUCUUAGCCGCUGGAUUCAUCACUGACUUAAUCGGAAUCCAUGCUCUGUUUGGGGCUUUUGUCGUCGGCGUCCUCGUCCCAAAGGACGGCCCACUUGGCGGAGCCCUCGUCGAAAAAGUCGAAGAUCUUGUUUCUAGUUUAUUCCUCCCUCUCUAUUUCGUUUCAAGUGGAUUGAAAACGAACAUUACUACAAUCCAAGGAGCACAAUCAUGGGGUUUGCUCAUUCUAGUAAUUUUCACCGCGUGUUUUGGGAAAAUCAUUGGCACUAUCUUGAUGGCACUCUUUUGCAAGAUGCCACUUCAAGAAUCUCUAGCUUUAGGAUUCUUAAUGAACACCAAAGGGCUUGUGGAACUAAUCGUCUUAAACAUCGGAAAAGACCGAGAAGUUUUGAAUGAUCAAACCUUUGCAAUUCUGGUUUUAAUGGCUGUCAUCACAACCUUCUUCACUACUCCAAUUGUUAUGGCGGUUUACAAGCCGGCCAAGAGGAAUAGCAAAUCUGAAUACACUUAUAAGACAAUUGAGCGAGAUGACUCAAAUUCCGAGCUUCGAAUUUUGGCUUGCUUUCACUCUAUUAAUAACAUUCCUUCGAUUUUGAAUUUGAUUGAGGUGAGUCGUGGGAUGGAGGGUAGUAGUAAGCUUUGUGUUUAUGCAAUGCAUUUGAUGGAGCUGACAGAGAGGUCGUCAGCCAUUGUUAUGGUUCAUCGAGCUAGAAAAAAUGGAAGACCAUUUUGGAACAAAGGAGGUAAGUCAGCUUGUGAUCAAAUUGGUGUGGCUUUUGAGGCUUUCCAGCAGCUUAGUCGAGUGUCCAUACGUCCAAUGACUGCCAUAUCUCGGCUUUCGCAUAUGCAUGAAGAUGUGUGCAAUAGAGCUGAGAGAAAACGCGCCGCAAUUAUCAUCCUCCCAUUCCACAAACACCAAAGAUUUGAUGGAUCUUUGGAAGCAACAAGAGGUGAUUUCCAAUGGGUUAAUCAAAAAGUUUUGGAACAAUCACCAUGUUCCAUCGGAAUCUUGGUUGAUAGAGGAUUUGGAAAUGGGUCUCACAUCUGCGCCAGCAACAUCUCUUCGACCAUAACUGUCUUCUUCUUCGGCGGUCGUGAUGAUCGUGAAGCUCUAGCCUUCGGUCGGAGAAUGGCAGAGCAUUCUAGAAUAACCUUAAAUAUCGUACGUUUCCUUCUGAGCUCGAACAUGGACGUAGAAUCCAUUAUGGUUGACAUGAGCAAAGACGACUGUAAGGGUUCAGCAGUCAUGGAUCAGAAAAUGUUGAUGGAAUUCAAUGGGAAGAAAACCAACAACAAGUCUUUAAGGUAUGAAGAGAGGGUAGUGAGCACAUUCAACGAUGCCAUUGAAGUAAUAAGAGAGUUCAGUAGAUGCAAUUUGAUAUUGGUGGGUCAAUCGCCAGAAGGGCAAGUAGUGGAGUGUCUUCGUUUCAAGAUCAAUGUCGAAUGCCCGGAGUUAGGUCCUGUCGGUAGCUUGUUGACAUCAAUGGAGCUAUCAACAUCAGCUUCAAUCUUGGUUGUAAAACAGUUUCGUGGUCCAUUGUUGUCUUCUUCAUUCACGUCUACAGAGAUGGUAUUACCCAAGGAAGAUAAGUAGUAACAAAAUCCCCUAUAAAAUUUAUAGUAUCAAGAGAGUAUGAAUGCUCUUUCUAUUCACUCUUUGCCAAAUUAAUUUCAUUUUUGAAUUGAUGCAACGUAUAUCAAUAUUGAAGAAUUAUUUAUAAAAAAAAAUUUAUAGUGUGAUCAUUAGAAGGAGUGUGUACAUUCAUGGUGUUAGAGAUUUUCUAUUGUAAACUGUACAGAUCGAAAAAAGAGGAACGUUCGGAGCCUAUUUGAUGGUGUUUCAUUUUC